CGGGCUCCACGUCUCGCUCUCUCAGAAGUUCUGCGACACCCGAUAACUUAUCAACAAAUAAAUACAUGACUUCAUCGAAUAAACCGACUUCGAUGCUUGUCUCUAGCAUUCAGCAAAAGUGUAGUGAAGUUUGGCAAGUUUUGUGAAGUGUAGUGAACUUGUGGAGUUAAUCAUGAAUGGUGCCCCAGCGAGACGACCGAAGAGCGCCUUCUCCGAAAUGGGUGUUCGGAUAAAGGAGGUGUCGGAGGGGCGGCCCUGCGACAACUGCCCAGAGUUAUGCCCGGGAUUCAUUCCUCAUGCUUGGAGAAAAACCUGCAAGUCAUGCGGCUGCGAUCGUCUACAGCACUCCGUGUACCACGAGGAGCUGGACUCCGUGCGAGACCGGCUCGGGCUGCGAGAUCGGCCGCAGAUAGGCCUCGGGCUGGACUCGCCGCCUGGACUCACUCACAAGCAGACGGAACUGUACUGGGCUUCGUUAGCGGAACGUGCGCCAAGCAACGUAGGCGGCGCCACUGGGCCGGCAGCGUGGCGCGCCUGGCGAACUAGAGCGCUCGCUACUCAGCUGCCGAAGCAAGACUUAUCUCUCUCACACUGCCGACACAUCGAUGAAGUUCACCGCAAGCAGUUUGAAGACUUUGUCGCUGCUAGGAAUGAAAUAGCUCUAGAUAUAGGUGUUGCUGGUCAGCAUCUUAGCGCGCCGGUGGGAUGUUUAGGUUGCGAUAAGCCUAUUCGGAGCGGAAGUAUCUCUAUCUGCGCACCGCGGUUGGGCCAAGAGGCAUUGUUCCACCCAGCAUGCUUCUCCUGCUCGGAAUGCGACGAGCUGCUGGUGGAGCUAGCGUACUGCGCGCUGGACGGCCGGCUGUUCUGCGUCAGGCAUUACGCCGAACGGCUGAAACCGAGGUGCCAUGCUUGCGAUGAGCUAAUUUUCAGUGGCGAAUACACCAAGGCGAUGAACAAGGACUGGCACAGCGGGCACUUCUGCUGCUGGCAGUGCGAUGAGUCGCUGACCGGCCAGCGCUACGUGCUGCGCGAUGAGCACCCCUACUGCAUCAAGUGCUAUGAGAGCGUCUUCGCCAACGGCUGCGAGGAGUGCAACAAGACCAUUGGCAUCGACUCCAAGGACCUGUCAUACAAGGACAAGCACUGGCAUGAGGCGUGCUUCCUGUGCGCCAAGUGCCGCGUGUCGCUGGUGGACAAGCAGUUCGGCUCCAAGCUCGACAAGAUCUACUGCGGUAACUGCUACGACGCGCAGUUCGCCAGCCGCUGCGAUGGCUGCGGCGAAGUGUUCCGCGCCGGAACCAAGAAGAUGGAGUACAAGACCCGGCAGUGGCACGAGAAGUGUUUCUGCUGCGUGGUGUGCAAGAACCCCAUCGGCACCAAGAGCUUCAUCCCGCGCGAGCAGGAGAUCUACUGCGCCGGCUGCUACGAGGACAAGUUCGCCACCCGCUGCGUCAAGUGCAACAAGAUCAUCACGCAAGGCGGCGUGACGUACAAGAACGAGCCGUGGCACCGCGAGUGCUUCACGUGCACCAACUGCAACACGUCGCUGGCGGGCCAGCGGUUCACGUCGCGCGACGAGAAACCCUACUGCGCCGAGUGCUUCGGCGAGCUGUUCGCCAAGCGCUGCACGUCGUGCGCCAAGCCCAUCACCGGCAUCGGCGGCACCCGCUUCAUCUCGUUCGAGGACCGCCACUGGCACAACGACUGCUUCAUCUGCGCGCAGUGCAAGACCUCGCUGGUCGGCAAAGGGUUCAUCACCGACGCCGCCGACAUCAUCUGUCCCGAGUGCGCCAAGCAGAAGCUCAUGUAAACACACACACACACACACCCACCCAACGCCAAGUCGACUAACGAACGUAGCAAACAAAAUUACGCGCUUUCAUUUUUAAAAAAAACAGCGUCGGUUUCAAAAUUAGAAUAUGCUUUGAAAAGAAAUGCGCUUUCAUUUUGUGUCAUAGUUACCGGCACGCAAUUUCAUUCGCAACUGCUUUUUUCUAACAGCACGAUUUUAGUUUAGCUAAACUGAUUCGUGUUUUAAUUUGUGGUGCAGCGAAAAAACCAUACUGCCAGUAGUUGGUAGCGCGAAGGACUGGGUCGAGUCGGAGGGACGCGACCCGCCGAGAGACCUGUUCGACCUUGUCAACAUAACCAACUUCCGAAAGGGCAAAUAAAAAUAGUCCGACCGAAGCGUUGUUAACCGAUAUUUUUAUACAAAAAUUCGAGAAAAUUAAAAAAAAUAUAAAGGAUGCACAAGUGUAUGAGUAUUUAAUUUCGCUUUUCUACUGGUUUUAUUUAAGGUGUUUACAUAUUUUGGCUGUAAGCUUCAGUUGUCACUAAUCCAGUGAUCCAUCCACGCCUAUUUAUUUAGGAUCGUUAUACAUAUGUAUUUAUACGCUAAUUGCCAUACAAUUUUGCUUUAGCUGUUGUAUUAGUCCCUUAGAUUUUAUUGUCAAUUUACCUAGUGCGAUUCACGCGAUGCCUUAAUAACAUAUCUAAGUCAAUUUCGAGGGUAUAUAUGAUUUGUGUUGUACAUGUAUUUCGACGAUAUAAUUUACAACAUGAUUAAGUCCGGGACGACCGGACGUCAUCUAUAGCUAUAGGUAGGAGAUGCAAACAUAUCUUUGCCGGUAACAGAGAUGCUACGCUCAAAUCGGUUCGCAGCGACGUUAGUUUGGUCACUAGCAAAGAUAGAUUUGCGGUUAAUCUGUUUAAUCGCCAAGGUGCCAUGACGAUAGUUGACAGCUAUUGUAGAAACUAUAAAAACAUCUAUAAAGUAUUAUUAAGCCUCCAAUAGCUUUCAAUCCGUCAUCAAUUUGGAGUGAUAAGUGCUUGUUAUUGUUUAAAACUCGUAACAUAGGGUAAGAAUUGACAUUUUAAUGAUAUGUGUUAUACUUGUAAGUAUUUAUUUAGCUAUACGGGAGUAGGUACGCAUUGUUGCGAGGGCGGCCGCGCGAGGUGGUCGCGCCGAGGCGAGCGCUUCCUAACACUUAAAUGACGUUUCGUCAUAGUUUUUACUAAUAAAAAAAUAAUAAAAUAUUUUUGUUCUCGAAUUAGAAUUACUCGUGUUACAAUAAUAUAAUUGAAUGUUAUCGCUAUUUUUACAAGGUAAUAUUAUAAAGUAGGGUAACAUCUGUGUUGAAUGAGACCACGAUCAGGGAUCACUUAUGGGUACUUGUUAAAGGAUAAAUUAUUAGAAUGUUGAAAAUAUAAAUUUAUAUUAAUGUGUACACUUUUAAACUGUUUAGCUGUGUGAUCUGAUCUAAUUUAAAUCUUUGUAUCUAUCUACUCAUAGAUUGUAUAAACUACGAAACUGAAUAAACCAUUAAAAGUA